GCGGCGGGCUUUCCCGGUGCCGAGGGCUGCUCUCCGAGGGGGGCCGCGGAAGCCCGUGGGCGGGCGGGUGUUCCCCGCGGAAGGAAGGGCUGCCUCGCAGGGCCUCGGCCGGGCAGCCCCGCUGGGGGGCUGGGCCGGGGCGUGAGGGAGGCGGCGGCGGGCCCCCGUGACGGGGAGGUGGGCUUGGCGCCGCCGCCCCGCAGUUCCCGCCGGAGCACGGUUUCGCAGCAAAACCAAAGCGAAAGGGCCGGGGCCGGAGCGGCGUGUGGGCGGCAGCGGGCCCCCGGGGCGGCGCGGCACAAUGAAACGCACCCCCUUCUGCCACGGGGGGCCGGCCGGGCCGCUCACCUGCCUUGCGAAGGGACGGCCAGGGCGGGGAGCAGGGGGGGAGCGCACACAGGAGCGACCCCCGGCACCUUCGCAGGGGUCCGCCGAGGGCAGCGGUUGCCCGACCCAGACGGGGGCCACCGGGAGGCGCCGUCUCCGCCAGCCACAGAGUGGGCUUUUGUGGCGGCCUGCGCGGGCGAGCCGAGCCGCAGGCACCGCUUGUGUGCGUGUGCGCUAGUGCGUGCGUGCGGGAGCCUGGCUGCCUGCCCCGCUGCUGAGUGACACGGCGGCCCUGGGGAGGGGGCAGGGAUGCUGUGCCCGUGCUGGCGCGGCGCGGCGGUGUGCCGGGCUGAGUGACCCCGGCCGGCCAAGGAUGAUCACGAACACGCGGGGCUUCCUGUGGUCGGACCUGGAGACGCGGGCGCUCCUGGAGAUCUGGGGCGAGGCGGACGUGCAGUCGGCGCUGGACGGCAACUUUCGGAACAGCCAUGUGUACCGGGACGUGGCCUGCCGUCUGGCCGAGCUGGGCUUCGAGCGCACCCCCGAGCAGUGCCGCAUCCGCAUCAAGGGCCUCAAGCGCCAGUACUACCAGGCCCGGGACGGGCUGAAGAAGAACGGGCACGCCCGCAAGAUAUGCAAGUACUACGACGAGAUGGACCGGAUCCUCAGCUGCCGGGGGGGCCCCGACGGCGCCCCCGAGCCGCUAGCCCCGCCGCCCGACGGCGCCCAGCCGGCGGGGCCGCUGGCCGGGCCGCCAACGCCGGGCACGCCGCACAACAGCCGCGAGGUGGACGCCGAGCUGGACGAGGACGCCGAGCUGGAGUCCCCCCGCGACAACUUCACCGAGGACUCCGGGGAGUGUUCCUCCUACGCCGACCACCCCAUCAAAGUGGAGUGCCCCCCCUUCGCCAUCCCCGUGCCUCCGGGCGACGGCUUUAAAGAAAUUAAUGCUCCAACUAUUACCCCACCUCUCAAUCAGCCCAAAAGAUCAAAAAAACGCCAUGCAAAUUUAACAUUGGAUAAAAUGAUGGAAAAAUUCCUGCAGCAGAGUGUGGAUACAGAAGAGAAAUUUUACAGAUAUGAAGAGCAGAGGCUCAAAAUUGAGGACAAGCGUCGGGAAGCUGAGCAUGCUCGAGAGCUCCAGAUGUUACAGAUGUUGGGACAGAUGUUGGCAGGAAUUUCUUCUACGGUAUCACAAAGGUCACAAUCUAUACCAGCAAGUCCGCCUCAGAGAGCGAACCAUCGUUCAUAUGGGGAUAACUUUAAUUAUAAUGCUAUGACAGCAGCACUUUCUCCACCGAUAGUUAUAGAGAGAUCUUUUUCACUGCACAGAACACACUCUCUAAAGGAUAUGGAGAAUAUUUUUCAACUGGUGCGCAAUGUUAUCCCUCCUUUAACAGGGAAAAGGCAUAAAGGUCAAGAUGGACGCAUAGGCAUUGUUGGAGGAUGUCAAGAAUACACUGGAGCACCAUAUUUUGCUGCAAUUACAGCUCUCAAAGUGGGUGCAGAUUUGUCCCAUGUGUUUUGUACCAAAGAUGCAGCAACAGUAAUCAAAUCAUAUAGUCCAGAGCUGAUUGUUCAUCCAGUUCUUGAUAGUCCCAAUGCUGUCCAUGAGGUGGAAAAGUGGUUACCGCGACUGCACUCAGUUGUCAUAGGACCUGGCUUAGGUAGAGAUGAAGUUCUACUUGAGAACGCUAAGGGUAUUAUAGAAAAAUCGAAAGUGAAAGGAAUUCCUAUCAUUAUUGAUGCUGAUGGACUGUGGCUCAUUUCCCAGCAGCCUUCUCUUAUUCAAGGCUAUCAGCGAGCUAUUCUUACUCCAAACUAUAUGGAGUUUAGUAGACUCUAUGAAGCUAUGCUUAGAGACCCCGUAGACAGUAGUGAUCAUCAUGGAUGUGUAUUAAGACUCAGCCAAGCCAUGGGGAAUUUGACAAUUGUUCAAAAGGGAGAAAGAGAUCUUAUUUCAGAUGGAGAGAAAGUACUUGUAUGCAGUCAUGAAGGAAGCAGCCGGAGAUGUGGUGGACAGGGGGACCUCCUUUCUGGUUCUCUUGGAGUCUUAGCACAUUGGGCAUUUCUUGCUGGAGCAGAAAAAACAAAUGGUCAAAAUCCCUUUCUAGUGGCUGCAUUUGGAGCUUGCUCUCUUACGAGGCAGUCUAACCACCAAGCCUUUCAAAAAUUCGGACGUUCAAUGACUGCCUCUGACAUGGUUUCAGAAGUUGGAACAGCUUUUAACAAACUUUUUGAAACCUGAAGCCAAAGCAGCAGAGGAGAAGAGGAGAAAGAACAAUGACUGCAAGAGUAAUUACAUUUACUGUAGAAUUUACAUAAGUAAUGCACCCUUUCAAGUGCUGUAGCAGCAUUGGUAUGCUAGGUAGAUUUUUUUUUUUAUUUUUAAGAAUAGAAAAAUAUGAUUAAUGUAGAUAUUUUUUAAGAGUUUGGAAUACAAAAAUGUUUUGGCUGAAAUAAGCUGUAGUUGCAGAUCUGUUAUAAUAAAACUAAACUGAAAGUAA